AUGGUCCUGGUCCACGUCGGCUAUCUCGUGCUUCCAGUAUUUGGCUCUGUGCGAAACAGAGGUGCCCCCUUUCAAAGGUCUCAGCAUCCGCACGCUACCUCCUGCCGCCACUUCCACCUGGGCCCCCCGCAGCCGCAGCAGCUCGCGCCCGACUUCCCCCUGGCCCACCCCGUGCAGUCGCAGCCUGGCCUCAGCGCCCACAUGGCCCCGGCCCACCAGCACAGCAGCGCCCUGCACCAGUCGCUAACCCCGCUGCCCACCCUGCAGUUCCAGGACGUCACAGGUCCCUCCUUCCUACCUCAGGCCCUGCACCAGCAAUACCUCCUGCAGCAGCAGCUCCUGGAAGCCCAGCACCGCAGGCUCGUCUCGCACCCCAGGCGGAGUCAGGAGCGUGUGUCUGUCCACCCCCACCGCCUCCAUCCAAGCUUCGACUUCAGCCACCAACUCCAGACGCCUCAGCCCAGGUAUUUGGCUGAGGGCACCGACUGGGAUCUCAGUGUGGACGCCGGCUUGAGUCCUGCUCAGUUCCAGGUGCGGCCCAUCCCUCAGCACUAUCAGCAUUACCUAGCGACUCCUCGAAUGCACCACUUCCCCCGAAACUCCUCCUCCACGCAGAUGGUCGUCCAUGAAAUCCGAAACUACCCUUACCCUCAGCUUCACUUCCUUGCUCUCCAGGGACUGAACCCCAGCAGACACACCUCUGCCGUGCGGGAGAGCUACGAGGAGCUGCUGCAGCUCGAGGACAGGUUGGGAAAUGUGACUCGGGGAGCUGUACAGAACACCAUUGAGAGGUUCACCUUCCCCCACAAGUACAAGAAGCGAAGACCCCAGGAUGGCAAGGGCAAGAAGGAAGAGGGGGAGGAGUCAGACACAGAUGAGAAAUGCACAAUCUGUCUGUCUAUGCUGGAAGAUGGAGAAGAUGUGAGGCGCCUACCCUGUAUGCAUCUCUUUCACCAACUGUGCGUGGACCAGUGGCUUGCCAUGAGCAAGAAAUGCCCCAUCUGCCGAGUGGACAUUGAGACACAGCUGGGAGCUGACAGCUGAGGGAAGAGUUAG